AAUUCUAGGCGACGAUCCUCGCCAUUACCUCAUUGCUCGGCCUCGCUCUCGCCAAUCCCACCGUCUCCAGGGGUGUGGUAGCGGGGUGUUCUCGCGACUUUUGCUUUACCCUUCUGGUGUGCUACUCCUGUCGCGAGACUUCCCGCUCCUCUGCCGCUCCCUUUGCCGCCGCCUUAGCUGGGGACCCGGACCCAAUCUCUCCCCUACCCGAUCACCCGCCCCGACUCCACCGAGGCUCCGGUCCCCCAGCCCCGCCUCGCCGCCGCCAUGGCGGACCCUAAAUACGCCGACCUUCCCGGCAUUGCCAGGAACGAACCAGAUGUUUAUGAAACCAGCGACCUACCUGAGGAUGAUCAAGCAGAGUUUGAUGCGGAGCUGGAGGAGCUGACAAGCACAAGUGUGGAGCAUAUCAUUGUCAAUCCCAACGCUGCCUAUGACAAGUUCAAGGACAAGAGAGUGGGGACAAAAGGACUUGAUUUCUCAGAUCGCAUUGGAAAAACCAAGAGGACAGGAUAUGAAUCCGGAGAAUAUGAGAUGCUUGGAGAGGGUCUGGCAGUGAAGGAGACACCUCAGCAAAAGUACCAGCGACUACUGCAUGAGGUCCAAGAGCUGACAACUGAAGUUGAGAAAAUCAAGACAACAGUAAAGGAGUCAGCCACUGAGGAGAAGCUAACCCCUGUGGUACUGGCUAAACAGCUGGCAUCCCUGAAGCAGCAGCUGGUUGCUUCUCACCUGGAGAAGCUGCUGGGACCAGAUGCCGCGAUCAACCUCACUGACCCUGAUGGAGCUCUGGCUAAGCGCCUACUGCUGCAGCUGGAAGCAACAAAGAACAGCAAAGGGAGUUCAGGGGGAAAGACCACCAGUGGGACCCCCGCAGACAGCAGCCUCGUCACUUACGAACUACAUUCUCGGCCUGAGCAGGACAAAUUCUCUCAAGCUGCCAAAGUUGCAGAACUUGAGAAGCGUCUGACAGAGCUGGAGGCAACUGUACGCUGUGAUCAGGAUGCUCAGAAUCCCCUUUCUGCAGGUCUACAGGGAGCCUGUCUUAUGGAAACUGUAGAGCUCUUGCAGGCAAAGGUGAGCGCCUUGGACCUUGCAGUUUUAGACCAAGUAGAGGCUCGGCUACAGAGUGUCCUGGGGAAAGUGAAUGAGAUUGCCAAGCAUAAAGCCUCUGUGGAGGAUGCAGAUACACAAAGCAAGGUGCACCAGCUAUAUGAAACCAUACAGCGCUGGAGCCCCAUCGCUUCCACCCUUCCUGAGCUGGUACAAAGACUUGUUACCAUCAAACAGCUGCAUGAGCAAGCCAUGCAGUUUGGUCAACUCUUGACACAUUUGGAUACUACCCAACAGAUGAUUGCCAGUUCUCUCAAGGACAAUUCCACCCUCUUGACCCAGGUGCAGACAACCAUGCGUGAAAACCUGGCCACAGUUGAGGGGAAUUUUGCCAGCAUUGACGAGCGGAUGAAGAAGCUGGGAAAGUGAGCACCUUUGGGAGGUGGAGAUCAGGAGUAACCCCUGAACUCUGUUAACAGCGUACAUAGGGUUUCCCUUCAUUAUAACUCAAAAAUCCCAUCCCAUUUUACACUGGGGGCAAGGGUUCUUCUUGCAUGUGGGGUUUAUACCCCUCCCCUGAUGAAUACAGAGUGGUAGCUGGAGGAUAUUAGAAGUGGGCUCCCCUUAGGUCCAGGGGAAGAAGAGAUGAGCCCAGCUACAUGCCAGCUCCUGGCCAAAACUGCUUUGCCUGGUGUGGGGGAGGUUUGGGCCCUGGCUUCCAACACAGCUUUUGUGGCUGACUAUAAUAUUGUACAACUGUUUCUGACCAUUAAAUGCUGUUGUACUCUGUGUA